AUGAGUUAAGAAUUACUCCAUUGUCCUCAAUGCUAAAUGAAUUUUGAUAGAUACACACGAACUCCUCAAAUGUUACCAAAGUGCGGUCAUUCAAUGUGUAUGCGAUGUCUUAAAGAAUCUAGUAAGAUCAUUUGUCCUGAAGAUGGGUACUCUAUGUCAAUUUAUCAGAUUACUUUAACCUGCCGAUCUUACACUCUACCCAGUCAAUCAAGCUGUUCUGAGAAUCAUAUGCAAAAGCCAAGAUAAUGAUUUAACAUGGAACCCAGACAAAAUGCAGUAGUGUCCCUAACACCAUAAACAGCUCGAACUUAUAUGUAUAGAUGACCGGUGCAGAAUCUGUGCAAAUUGUGCUUUAUUUGGUAUUCACAAGCAACACAACAUACAAAAUGCAGAUGUAAGUGUUUUUAUUGACUUUUAGUAUGUGGACAAAUCAAUCAAGGAAAACCUUAUUCAGACCUAAAAUUUGACUCUCAUUAUUCAAGAUAAAAUCAAAUCACUCAAGUUGCCACUCAUUAAUAAGAAGAUACACGAUUAAAUUAGGCUUUGUAUAAAAUAAUAAUAAACUCUUGCUGAGGAAUAAUUUAAAGUAUCUUACUUCAAUCACCCUAGGAAAUAAUCAAUUAGAUACUUCUUAAAUAGUAAAAAGUGAUCGAAGAUAUCGAAUAAAAGUAUAAAUAGUUAGAAGAUCAGUUCUUCAAAAAGGAGACUCUUACUAUCACCUAAAUUCUUGACAAAGCUGAUUUAUGGAUACUUGGGUAUAUAUAAAAUUACCAAUUAGAUCUAAUCAAAAAAUCUAAGAAUUCCAUUUAGCCAAAGAAAAAGGAGAGAUCCCGUACUCUUUGUUGCUCUAAGACUCCUCCAAUAAAUAAGGGAACUAAAUCCUUGAAGAAAUAGACGAUUAUCUACUCAAAUUCUAAAAUAAUCUUGAAGACAUUGUUUCUGCCAUACCGACCUUUAAUCAAUAUGAAUAACUGUAUUUCGAUGAUCCUAAUAUCCUUAAAGAUUUAUCUAUAAUUGAACAGAGUUUCUUAAAAGAAAUUGAUGAAUAGCCACCUCAUAAUGAAUUCCUAGGCUCAUCUCUGCCAGAAUCUACUUGUCAAUCUCAACCUUCCUCUAACAAUAUCUCCUAAAAUACAAUUAGUCCACAAUAACCUCAUCAAAAAAGGGCUUCUUAAUAGUUUGCUUUGGUUUCGCCAAAAGUAUAGAGUAGACAAUAAUCUGCAUCUCCCAAGAAACCUGCAGCUAAGAAGAAGCUAAAUACCAAGGUGGAAUCAAUUCUAUUCAAUUGUAAUGGUGACCAUCUGGAUUUAUCACAAUAAGGUAGUGUAAUUGAUUUUUAUUCUUUAAGAACUUGGAGAUGAUGGAAUAAUGAUAUUAGAGGAAUAAAUCAGAAAUAAGAAAAUUAAAAUUGUUAAAUUAAUGAGGAAUCGUAUUAGUGAUAUUGGUGCUAUGAAAUUGAUGGAAUUGCAUUGUCAAGUGUUGUAUCUGUAAUCAAAUGUGAUUACUGAAAAGUUUUUGGAUAUGAUUAUGAAUGCUAUUUUGAAGUAGGUUCAGAUUCACAUCAAAACUGUGUAUUUGGGUCAGAAUCUAAUCAAUUAAUUUAGAGUCAAGAAGAAAAUAGAAGAUCUCAAAAAGUUAGGAAUUUCAAUUUAAAUGUGA